AUGGGCAAAUUCUCCCGCUUCGUCCGCAAGGCGACCGGGCGCGGAGACAAGCAGAAAUCCGCAAGCGUUGGUCCGGCACGAACUGCGACUAUGCCUAGAAACCAACAAAUUGGAUACCAUUCCACGAUAACACUGACUCCGUCUGCCUCGAUGCUCCCAUCGCCGUCCAUUGCGUCCCUAGGCCCUGCUCGAAUCAUAGCGCUGCCAACACUGGACCCCAUCCAGCCAGUGUCGCCAAUACGAAUGUCUACUACCAUUCAGUCGACACCCUCCGUCCCGAGGUAUUCUCUAGCAUAUCGAAGCGAGGCAGAAGACAAGUCGAGCUCGCCUCGUCCCGCCGAAGAUGAAGAGGAAAGCAGUCAGCAACCAGAGCCGUGGGGUCCUCUAUCUCGCGACAUUACCACCGAUACUCUAUACCGCCCUCCAACCCCUCCACGACUGACUAGCGCGUCCUUCGCCCGCCUGCCGGAAUACAUCGGCUCCUCCGACAGCUCAGAUCUUGAAGUCCCCCGUACGGCGGAUCAGAGCGAUUCCUCUGAGUGGGAUGAUGAGUCUGACGAUGAGUGCGACGACCAGUCCGGCGACUCUGACACCCUGGGCAUGCUCAGUCCGAUAGCGCGUCCCACCUUACACCCCACCCAAGAAGACGUCUUCUCCAGCUCCAGCUCCCCCGCUGAACUCAACGAUGGGGAUGCCUUCAGACUCGUCAGACCACCUACAUACCACGCCUUGCCGCCGUCAAGCCUCUCGACGCCAUCCCGGCCAUCAUACCGCCGUGGCAAUGCGCGUAUACGAGACCAACCCACACCGUCACGCGGCGCAUACGCCCCCACCACACAAGACCAUGGCAUCAACUUAACACAUCGCCGCAUUCGUAGACUCACACCCUACCCAGCUCACCUUCCACCCUUCUCCUUUCCUCCUCCUCACCCCCGAACCAUCCUCCCCCUCCCUAUGAAUUCCAUCCCCGCGUCUCCAACGACCGCCAUAUGGCCACCGCACGCCUUCCCACCUACCCCUUCUUCAGAACUUCGCACGCGGAGGAAUUCGUUCUCUACCAGGAUGGACCCACUGCCUAGCUCUUCGCCUACGCUGCCGAGGACGGACGACGAUGGUCUUGACCUGCAGGAGUUCCUUUUGCUGCAUCCGUAUCUGGUGGUGGGUGGUGAGGAUACGCCGGAGGAGGAGGAGGAAGAGGAGGAGAGCACAGCAGAUGAGCAGAACUGGGUGAGCUUUGAGCAUGAGGACGCGGAGGAGGAGGCUGAGAAACAGCUUGGUGUGGAGGAAUACCAUGGUGAUACCCAAGACGUGGAUGGGCGUCGAGAGGGAGACGAGCUGCACUCCGAGCUAGACGACUGGAGCGAGGCGCGUGUUUGUCUGGAGUUUCGGCGGGAAGAGUGA